UCAGCGACUUAUAGCAGAACUGUGGCGGACAUUCUGACACUGGGGGGGAACUGACUUUGUGUCACUGACAUCCCCAGUGACACCAAUACAGUGAUCAGUGCUAAUCAAAAUCACUGACACUGUACUAAUGGCACUGGGCAGGAAGGGGUUAACAUGUGGAGCGAUCAAAGGGUUAACAGUGUGCUGUUUUACUAGGGGCGGUGUGUUGGUGCUUCACUGUAAGCACGCUGCUUUGCAUGGCUGUGCUGUGCACAGCCAUGCAAAGCAGUGCGCAGGAGCUGGCAAGGGAGAGAACUGUUUUGUUUACAAAUCGUUCUCCCCUCCUGAGAUUCUCAGCAGUAACCGGGCACCAGCAAAUAAU